UCUGCCGUAGGUUUUCCACCAGUUCACGCAGUGCAUGUCGGGUAGGUCAGCAGCAGACAGAGAGGACGCCAUGUGCUUUUGAUUCAGAGACACUGGAAGGAGAAACCCGGCUGUGUGACAGACUUGGCUUGUUUUAUAUUUUAAGGGACACCGGGUUAACGUCAUCAUGUACUGCACCAGCCGCUGCCUACGGACCGCGCUGCGGGCUGCAGCGACCACACACCGGCAACAGCUUCAGCGGCAAGCACCAGCCGUGUGUGCUCUCCGACUCUUGAAGACCAGUCCAGCCACCCACUCAGGCGCCAUCGCCACGCCUGCACUAGACGGAGGACCCAAACAGUAUUCCCCCAAAAUCGAACAGCUCGUCAGCGACAUAGCCAGCCUCACUUUAUUAGAGGUGUCGGACCUCAAUGAGCUCCUCAAGAAAACUCUGAACAUUCAGGAUGUUGGAAUGAUGCCGAUGGGGGCGAUGGCUGCAUCCGCUGCACCUGCAGCAGAAGUUGAGGAGGCGCCAGUGAAGAAAGAGAAGACUCACUUUACAGUAAAAUUGACAGAAUUAAAGGCAGCUGAAAAAGUGAAACUUAUAAAGGAAGUGAAGAACUGCAUCCAAGGCUUGAAUCUGGUGCAGGCUAAGAAACUAGUGGAGGCUCUUCCCCAGGAAAUCCGAGCCAACGUGUCCAAAGAAGAGGCAGAGAAACUGAAAACAGCCCUGGAGGCAGCAGGCGGCACCGUCGUGUUGGAGUAGAUCUAGGUGCCCACCCGUUCUCCAUCGUUUUGCUGCUCGUGCACUUCAUCCUUCAUUCUCUUAUUUCUUUUUUUUUUACAUAACAAAGAGACAGGAUCCCGGGAAACAAAGAAAUGCCUUCUGACUUUAAUACAGCGUCCGGUGGGGCGGUACGACUCAGACUGAACUUUCCAGGCACACAGCCUGCACUAAUGGCCGCCCCGCUGUUUGCUUGUCCGUUUGUCUGCUCAUGUGUCUGUGAGACACUUGUGUAGCAAACAAGCUACAGAAACACUGGCUUGGGUGCCAAAUAAGUCAGUCAGUCAGUUGGUCAUUCUGUGUGUGUAUGUUUAACUUUUCACAGGAGAGAUCAUGCUGUAGGGACACGGUUACUAUUCCUUAUGUUGAACACCAGAUACUGUAUCUAGUUCAGGGGAUGGCAGGGCUGAGUCCUUAUUACUUAUAGAAUUGUUAAUGUGAUUAAAGUUGAAAUAUCCAUGUUG